GCUCGGGAUUUCGCGGGAUUUCCCCUGCACGUGACAAUCUGUGACUGCAGCGCAAAGUCAAACACACACCACCACAAAGGGUGGGUGAGGUGUCAUGUAAUAUGAGUUCUUAAAAUGGAUUCUUUAUUAAUUGAUCCUAGUGUCGAGGUAUCACUGGGAGGCGAUGCUUUUAUUUUGAUAGCAAAUACCGGGGAUGUGAUUCUGUCAUGGAUGAUUUUAUUUUGAAAAACGGGAAAGGAAGGUGUUGAAUAAAGCCCGAUGUAAUUUAUCUUCUUUAUAGAAAUUAUUUUUAUAUUUAAAGCUUUGAACAUUCGUUGUAUUUUAUUCAGGUUGCGGUUUAUUCUGGACAACAUUCAUCACAUUUUUUUUUACGUUGUUGAAAAACCGGAAACGCUGUAAGGCGCGCUGUCUAACUUGACACCGUAGAAGAAGAAGGGGGCGUGUUGCUAGUUGUUAGCCUGGCUGCUAACUGCGAGCUAAAGUUGACCGUACUACUUUCACUUUCUGACCGUGCCUGGGAUGAGUCGGGCUUCCUGGAAAACGAAACUAGACGCCGUCAUUGCUGUGUUUGACACUCGCUGGAUCAUAGAUGUAGAUAUUUAACACUCUUCGGCGCCGAUAUUUACAACUUGUAGCCGGUGGCGUCUUAAAGAUUGAACCACUACACCGUCACACACGCAGGUAGCGUUGUUUCACCAGCUAGCUUUUAGCGGUUAGCCCCCCGCUAGCAUGGACAGCGGCGGAAGCAUGCAGGGUAAUGAGGAGAGGGGGGCAGAGAAACUAAUGGAUUCCUACUUGAAAUCAAUCGGUUUGCAUCGGAAGAAGAUCGCCAAGGACGGGUCGUGCUUGUUUCGGGCUGUCGCCGAGCAGGUGCUGCACUGCCAAAGUCUUCACACUAAAGUUCGGGCCAAGUGUGUGGAGUUCCUGAGGAAGAACAGAGAGAGCUAUGAAGCGUUUAUCGAAGGUGACUUUGAGGAUUACCUGUUCAAGCUCCAGGACCCGCAGCAGUGGGUGGGCGAGGUGGAGAUCAACGCGCUGGCCGUCAUGUACAAGAGAGAUUUCCUGAUCUACCAGGAGCCAGGUAAACCAGCUGUCAACAUCACAGACAACAACUUCAAGGACAAGGUGCGGUUGUGUUUUCUGAACGGGAAUCACUACGACAGUGUGUAUCCCAUCAGCCACAUCAAGGACGCUGCUCUCUGCCAGUCCAUCUUGUACGAGCUGUUGUAUGACGGAGUGUUUAAAGUGGACCGCAGCUGUCUGGGUCUGUGCCAGCGGACCGGUCGAUCCACUGAUCUCCUGAGUGACGACAGCAUGAACGCCUGCGUCAGCAGCGACGAGUCCGACCUGGACGCUGGAGAGGCGCUCUGGGUGGAAAAUGGAACGAGCACGACGGCUGCAAGAAACCACAGCUACAGGGGUCGCGGGCGUGGUCGGCACCUGCCUGAGCGAGUGAGACGUUCACUGAACCCGACUCUGCUCAGAAACAUAGAGUAUGACGUCUGGCACAAGACCAAGAGAGCUCAACAGAAGAUGGAUUAUUGUAUUGCUGCUGGGAUGCAGUUCACUGUCGGAGACCGCUGCCAGGUUCGUCUUGAUGGACGGAGCUACAGCGCAACCGUCAAGGAGGUUCCUCCCAACAACGGCCCAGUGACUGUGCACAUAGAAGAACUGGGAAGCAGGAAACAGGUUUCACUGUUGAGUCUGCGUCCUCUCAGCGAUGAGAGCAGCUGGAGUACUGUGGUCAACAGAGACAAGAGGCUCAGCAAUGGACACGGAGGAGAGUGGGAGGAGAGGGGUAAAGGCAGAGGCAGGGGGAAACACGUCCCAGCAUCCUCCUCCUCUGUUGCCCCGGUGACAGCACCGGGCUCCAGCGGGCGUGUGCAGAAGCAGCACUCCUGGCCUCCGCAGGCCACCGCAGAGGAGCAGGGAGGAGCGAAGGCCACCAGGAAGUCGGUGAGCUUGGUCGAGCGUGCUUUCGGUGUGACGGAGGAGCACCUUUUAGCCAAAGAGGAGGAGGAGAGGAACGUGGCGUUGGUGGAGAUCCAGCUCAGAGACGAAUACAGCUUCCCUGCCCUCGGGGCUGGGAUCCAGGGUGAUGGAGGGAAGAAGAAGGGAGGAGAAAAGAGACACAAGAGUAAGACGAAGAGUCCUGUUGAAGACGUCCGAGCGCCGUCCCCCUCUGCUGGAGAAAGACCCAAAUCCUCCACACCGCCACCUGCAUCUGCUGCUGCUGCUACUACUGCACCUACUGCAAAUACUACUACACCCACCACCCCCACCCUCCCUGCUGCUAAACCUCCUGCUGCUCCCUCUGUGACGUCUGACUCUAGUAAUCCAGCGUGGCUGAGCUCCAUCAAGGCCGCGGCACCCAACAUGAACACGACUGCUGCUCCUGCAGCGUCCACAUCCAGCCUCCCACUCACCUGUGCUGCCUCCACUGUUAAAACAAACACACCUUCUUAUGCUGCUGCACCAAGUUCUCCUCCUCCUCCUCCUCCUCCUCCUCCUGCUGCUGCUGCUGCUCCUGCUCCUGCUGCUCCUGCUGCUGCCCCGAGCACCAAGCCUCCUGUAACGGGUGGUGCUGUACCUCCCUCUGUCCCAUCCUCUGCCACUCUCUUCUCCUUAGUCACCCCUUCUCUCCCCGCGGCUUCAUCUCCCCCCACUCCCAGCGCCCUCUCCUCAUCUUCUCCUCCCCCCACCUCCUCUUCCUCUCUCCCUCCUAAAUCAUCCACCUCCCCUCCUCCUCCUUCACUGCCACCUCCCACUUUCAUCGCUCCCAUUGCUCCCUCUCCCUCCUCUCUCCCCCGCUCCUCCCCACCUGUCUCCUCUCUCCCUCACUCCCCCAGUCCUCCCUCCUUCUCCUCCUCGUCCUCUCCCAUCCAUCAGGCUGCUAAAGUCCCCGAGGCUCCCGCACUUUCAGCACAAAGUUCUUUGCCAAAUAUUGGAGGAGCUCAGACUCAGUCUCAGAUUCAUCCUCCUGUGGCUCUGCCCCAAAACCAGAGCCAGAUCUCUGCGCCUCAGACUCGAACCCAGCCCUCAUUAACCCAAGUUGAGAACCAAACCCAGCCCCCUCCGCACCAAACCACCCAGGAUCUGACGCCUGAGAUACAGGCCGAAGCCCCGUCCUGUCAGCCUCAGUCCCACGCUGCAGUGACCUCUCUGCCGCAGACCCAGAUCCAGCCGUCUGUCCUCCAGACCUCCCUCCCUCAGGCCUCUGUCUCCCACCCCCAGCCCCAAUUACUCCCACAGUCUCAGUCUGAGGUGGCCCAGGUCCAGUCCUCCUCCUACCCUUGCACCUCUCAGGUCUCACUUCCUGUCUCUGUGCAGCUGUCUGUCACCCAUCCUCACCCCCAAGUCCAGCUAGCCCAGCCUCCUCACCCCUCUCAGGUCCCACAUCCCUCCCUGUCCCUCUCCACCUCCCAGACCCCCAGCACCCAGAACCAAACAGAGGCUCCAUCACCUCCCGUUCAGCACCCUCAGCCUCACCCUGAGUCACCGGCUCAUGCUCCCACCCAGCUGCCACACCCUCCCUAUCCCCCUCAUCACCCCCAGCUCCAGUCUGCACCUCCUCUCCCUCACCCCCCAACCAUCCCAGGCACCGUCCCCCUGCAGCAGCUGUCCCAGCUCUACCAGGACCUCCUGUACCCCGGAUUCCCUAUGGGAGAGAAGGGCGACAUGGCUCCGACUCCUUCCUACUCCUGCAGUAAAUCAGGAGACGACCUGCCAAAAGACGUCAACAUCUUAAAGUUUUUCUUCAACUUGGGUGUCAAGGCCUACUCCAUGCCCAUGUUCCCCCCCUACUUGUACCUACUCCCGCUGCAGCAGGCCCACGCCAUGCACCCCAAGCUCCCCUCCCGCUCGCCCUCCCCCACCCCUCACUACCCUCCCUCCAACCCCCCCGCCAGGCACCAGGAGGCGUACCCACACCCCCAGUACCCCCCGACUUCAGCAUCAAUGCCCCCUCAGUAUGACCACCAAGCCCCACUCACAGAGCCCCCCCAUCCCAGUGAACCCUCCUUUAACCAGGCCGGGUACCCCGUCACCCAGCCUCCACCCCACCGGAUGCCCUGCUCCUCGCUGCCAUGGCAACAGCCACCCCCUCCCAGAAACCCCAGCUACCCAGUUGGGUAUCCCACUGCAAAUCCACCAUAUCGGGCUCCCCCACCGUUGUCUCAGGGCUACCACUCAGGUCAAGGCCCGGGACACCUGCUGUACCCUCAGUACCCCCCCUCUUCACUGGGAUACCCGCCUUCAUCCUCCCCUGAAGAGCUCCAAGUGAGCCAGGCGCCGAUGGAGCAUCAUCAGGCUGCAAACGUGGACACGAUGCCCAGCCAAGGACCGAGCAGAGUCCCUGGUUCUCUGGAGAGUCCUGCGCCUGCUAACGUGGCUAAUGCUAACAGCAACAGACCAAUGGUGGUUCCUGGUUUUGCCCUCAAGAAGGAGCAGGCAGACAGUUUGACCAGAGCGGUGCUGCUGGUGGACCCGCCACUCAACAACACACCCAUAAUCACACUGGUUUCAAACCCUGAUGUCAAGGAUGUCUCCAUGGCAACCAUGAAGCCCAGCAGCACCCCUGGCUCUCCAUCGCCUUAUGAUAUAAUUUCCAAGACGACCGUCUCCAGUGACAACAACCUCACCCGUGGUUACCGGGGCCACCAAAAACCACUUAAUCCCCCCAACACGUACGUCCCGCGGGGGCAGCCGGAUCCCAGCCAGGUGGGUUACAUGGCAACUGUUGCCAUGGCAGAGUCUCUGUCUGUGGGCUGCAGCACGGAGGACGACUGGGAGGGAUUCAAACCGACAACCUUUAACCACAGAGGGUCGAGGAGGAAUCAGAGAGGAGGAGGAGGUGGGAGAGGGAGGGGUGGCCAUGAUUCAGGGAGGGGGGGGCCCAGGAGGAGACAUGGAGGAGAGGCAGGGGUGGGGUUUAACUACGUCCAGUUUAGCUCCUCCCACCGGGGGAGGGGCCGGGAGAGGGGAUACUAGCCAUCAGCCGAUACAGAGAGGAGACGACACUGGAGGCUGAUUGGUUUUCCCCCCAAAAUUAAGAACUGUCUCUUUAACAGGAAGUCAAAUGUGUGACUCUAUAGCAUCCCUCAAACGCAGCACAACUGAAAGCUUAGCAUGUCGAUAAAGCAUUAGACAUUUUCCAGCACUUAAAAAAAAAAAAAAAAAAGCAUCAACCAAGUUUAACCAGCACCUCUGUUAGCACUGUGAGCUAAAAGCAAAGUGAUUAAAGCAACAAAAAUGUAUUAUAAAAUUUAAUUUGAGAACAGCUUUAAGAGUUGUAUCGCUGCUGUGAAACUACAGCAAUCUGUGUUGGACUCUGGUAGAGUCGGACAACAAAUACAAGCUGCGUGGACUUUAUUUCUUUAUGUGUUUUGUCUUUUAAUUGUCCGUCUGUCCUGUUGCUUCUGGUCUCCUUUAGUGUGUUUGUCUAGUUUCUUCUUCUCUGGGUUUAUUUUUCUUUCUCGUUCUGAUUGAUCAACUCAGAAAACUCGAGAGAUUCAGUGCCUUACGUUUGCCACAUUUCACCGUCUUACUUCCUUUUCUUCUGAGUUUGAGAAACUGCUGUACAGAACAAAAGGCUGUUGUUGUCUGUGUUGGAUUUUUCUAUUGCGGUUGAAUAAAUAAAACUUAAGUUCA